AUGGUAGCUUUUAGCAUUGGCGUCAAAUUACUCAGCAUCAUCACAUCAUUCGUGUCAACCGAAGAACCUAUUGUAGCUCGUCAGCGAAAUCAAGUUCCUCGAAGCAAAACCUACGUACGUCGAUAUGGCAUCCCUGUUGUGGAUUCAAUGACAAACGUGUGUGGCAUAUGUCGUAUCAAAGUACCCAAAUCAACUCGACAUUGCAAAUUAUGCAACAAAUGCGUUGCUGGCAUGGAUCACCAUUGUCGUUGGCUAAAUUGUUGUAUUGGACAAAGCAAUUACAAAUUAUUCAUGACCCUGAUCACGUUGGCCUUAUCUGCAUUGGUGUGGUAUACGGCCUUGGCGACAACCACGCUUUGGAUGAGCACAUAUCGGAUAAAUGUGUUUGCUGGUCACGCAUUGGAAUUGUUGAUGCAUGUCACGGGGCCAGUGUUGGAUGAUCCAGGAACAAUUCAAGCCAACUACAGUGUGAGCCUCGCUUAUUAUCUCAGCUUGGUCAUUGCAGUCUUGCUCGCCAUCCUUUCGAUCAUUGGUGCCGUUGCCAUGUUACGCCUCUUCCUUUUUCAUCUUCGAUUAGUGUACUUGAAUAUGACCACGGUGGAAUACAUCAACCGAUCAGGACGUCAUUCGAGUUACGACGACGACGACGAUGAAGAUGAUGAUGACGAAUUCGAUGACUAUUACUAUGAUGACGAAGAGGAAGAUGAGGAUGAUUUGGAUGAUUGGAAGAAGCUAUGGUCGCCUGUUGGUAGUGGGAUGUCUGCAACAAAGUCAUCGAUUGGAAGCCAUUAUGCAGUCAAAGCAUGGAGAAUUAUGCGCCGUGUCACGUAUCGAAUACAGCGGCCAUGGCGUCGAUGUAUGCCACGAUCUUUUCGAUAUAGGCGUUUGGGUCAAAAGCGAUAUAGCGCAUUAUGGUGUGAUCAAGACCGUAACAGGAGGAGGAGCAAUGAUAGGCGACGAAGGCGACGUGUAGCAACAAACCAACUACCUUUGUCACGAGGGAAUCAGAAUGAUGACAUGUACAUGGAAGAGUUGCUGGCAACACAAACCAUACGUCCGGUACUUGUGGAUGGCGAGGAACAAGAAGGGCCGGAUUACAACGACGAUAUGGGAUUAGACAUGUCGAUCCUCGAUGAAAAAUUCAGCCCUGCUACACCUGUUGCUGCGCCUAAACGGAGCAGUAAGGCAGCACGUAUCCUGGACAUCUCCGAUGAAGAAGCCAUGCGAUAUCAGCAAUCACACCAAGCUCAACGACUCCAAGAGCAGUUGAUCAAAAAGGGUUCUAGCGAAGAUAGAGAUGUGUAA